UAGUAGUAGAAAAAGAAGAGGAAGAAGAAGAAGAAGAAGAAACGCAGAGAGAGAGAGAGAGAGAGAGAAAGAGAAAGAGAGAGAAAGAUGAUGUCAGGGGGCAAUUACACAAGCUUAGAUAACCAAAAGGUCUCAGGAUCUGUUCCUGCUGUACCAGAUCCAGGCCAAGUCACCGUCAAAUUCGAAGAUUCAACACUUCAAACGUUUCCUCCAUCCGGAGCGCAAGGGAAGAUCUCCGGGGCUUCUCUCCCUCCUCGAGAUGCUGACGAUACAUUUUCAAAACCAGUGGCUGGUUCUGAUGAACCCCAGCAGAGUGGUUGGUUUCGGACAUUCACAGUUGCUUCCUACAAACCAUACUUUGAUGUUGACACUACGGAUGUUGUGGAGAGAAUUAAAGAUUCACUCUUUCCAUUUAGGGGAACUUUUAAUGAAAAAACUUCUAGCAAUCCAGAUUUGUAUGGACCAUUCUGGAUAUGCACUACCCUCAUAUUUGUAGCAGCUUCUAUUGGCACUUUUGUGACCUAUGUAGCACACAAGCUGAAGAAAAAAGAAUGGAAUUAUGACAUAAAUUUGGUAACUUGGUCUGCGGGAGUGUUCUAUGGUUACGUCACUAUUGUACCUCUUGUAUUGUACGUAAUCCUUAAAUACUUCUCAGCUCCAUCUGGCCUUGUUCAGCUGUUUUGUCUCUAUGGCUACUCCCUAUUUGUCUUUAUUCCAGCUCUGUGUCUCUCUGUUGUGCCAUUGGAAAUCUUUAGAUGGGUUGUAGCAGGUGUAGCUGGGUUAAUGUCAGCUACAUUUGUGGCUCUUAACCUCAAAGCCCACAUUAAGUCAGCCGGUGAAAGGUGGUUCAUCAUAGUGGCUGGCAUCUUUCUAUUGCAGCUGGGGCUGUCUGUUGUACUAAAGCUCUACCUAUUCACUGUAACAGUGUAAGGACGAACUGGUUAUACCUCAGGUGGAAUGAACAGAAUUGUAGAUCGAAGAAAAGAGUUUUUUGGUCCUUUGGCUUUCUAUUCUUAUGAUUCAUAGUAGAGAUGUUAUUAGCUGAUCAAGACCUCAUUGCUAUUCAUUGAUCUGUAGCAAAUAUAAAUUCAAAUGAAUAUUCUUCUAUCGACACAAUUACAAUCUCGUCACUGUCAAACUUUAUUGAGAGGAAGACAAGGGCCUAAAGAAAAUCAGUGGGAGAAACCUCUUGAGCUUGUGUACCAUGACAUACAUAUAUAAAAUAUAGUUCUUUGAUUGUAAUUUUAAGCUCUAUAAUUUUGCAUUUCUUAUAUGCUCCGUAUACAGCUUGGUGGAACAAUGGUUAUUGCUAAAUAUUAAACUGUUGUACUUUGCUA